AACAUUUUAAAGAUCUCGAAACACUUACGAUUCGUGCACAUUACAUAGCUUAUGCUAUCAGUUGCGUUUUGUUAGCGAUUUGUUUUGCAUACUUUGGUAGAAAAGUGAAAGGUUUCGCAGAAGGUAGCAUUAGAUUAUUAAUGAGUAGUGAGUUGGAUGUAACACUACCAAGUACACAUGCCACACAGCCACACACUGGUAAAAAUUACCACCGGUACUGA